ACUAACUAUUUGAACUUUGGCUUUAUCGACAUUUAACUUAACUCGUUUACAAUCACAUGGCGCAGAACCGGAUGAUUUUGGUUAUAUCCUUAUCACAAAGUUUAAACUGUCAAAGUGACUGCUUUGCCGUCUAGUAGAGUGCAAACAUUUCAACUUUGUCUCAAAUGGAUAUGAUUUCAUCGAAAACCUGUCUUUAUUUCUCACUUGAAGAAGUAAAACAAAUUUAGCAUAAGAUAACAUAGGGUGCACAAUAUAUAGACUUCCACUCAGCUAGCUCCUCAACAUCGAGCAAUAAGAUCAGUUGUCUGCCAUUGUUUGCUAAGUACUGAGCUGAGAGAACUGAGAAGAAAUCUGAAAUGGAGAUGAUCGCAGUGAAAUCAGCUAUGAGCCAAUUAGGAAGCCGUAGUCGCGUGUGCAUGAUUGAAGGUGAUCAUCAUGCUUUGGCUAAUAAGUGCGUCAAGAGGAGGAGAAGAUCAGAUCCCUCUGCAACUGCUGCAAUAAGCUGCAUUAAUAAUAAUAAUAAUCAAGGGGACCAACCACAGAAGCAAGCACAGGCUGAACAAUCCACUACUACUACUACCAGUACUGGCGUGAAAAGAAGUUCAAGAUUUCGUGGAGUCAGCAGGCAUAGAUGGACUGGACGUUUUGAAGCUCAUUUAUGGGAUAAGGGGUCCUGGAAUCCAACCCAGAGGAAGAAGGGAAAGCAAGGUAAAUCACUUCUUGUCAUGAUCUUCUUCUUUUAAUAAAUUCUGAUGUUACAUAUAUAUGUCCGUCUUGAUUACUUGAACUUUCUUAACUCUUACUGUUUGCAUAUUGGAAUUGCCGCAUGGAGCAGUGUACCUA